AUGCUCCCCGCCCCCGCCGCCGCCCCCCGGUGGCCGCCGCUCCUGCUGCUGCUGCUGCUGCCGCCGCUGCUGCCGCCGCCGCUCGCCCGGGGCGUCCCGGCCCGGCUCGGGGCCGGGGGUCAGGCCUCGGAGCUGGUGGUGCCCACGCGGUUGCCCGGCAGCGCGGGCGAGCUCGCGCUCCACCUGUCCGCCUUCGGCAAGGGCUUCGUGCUGCGCCUGGCGCCCGACGCCAGCUUCCUGGCGCCGGCGUUCAAGAUCGAGCGCCUCGGGGGCUCCGGCGGGGUGGCCGGGGACGAGCCCGAGCUGCGCGGCUGCUUCUUCUCCGGCACGGUGAAUGGGGAGCCCGAGUCGCUGGCGGCCGUCAGCCUGUGCCGCGGGCUGAGCGGUUCUUUCCUGCUGGACGGCGAGGAGUUCACCAUCCAGCCGCAGGGCGCGGGGAGCUCGCUGGGCCAGCCGCACCGCCUGCAGCGCUGGGGGCCCGGGGCGCACCGCGGGGACCCCGGGCUCGCCGCGACCGCGGAAGCCCGCCCGCUCCCUCGAGAGCCCGAGUGGGAGGUGGACACCCGAGAGGGCCCGGGACAGCGAAGGGAAGAGGAGGACGAGGAGGAGGAGGAGGAGGGGGCCAACGAAGAAGAGGCAGAAGGCGCCAGCGAGCUGCCGCCAACCCUGGGCGCCACGAGUAGGACCAAGCGGUUUGUGUCGGAGGCUCGCUUCGUGGAAACGCUGCUGGUGGCCGACGCAUCCAUGGCCGCCUUCUAUGGGGCCGACCUGCAGAACCACAUCCUGACGCUGAUGUCGGUGGCCGCCCGCAUCUACAAGCACCCGAGCAUCAGGAACUCCAUCAACCUGAUGGUGGUCAAGGUGCUGAUCGUGGAGGACGAGAAAUGGGGGCCGGAGGUCUCGGACAACGGCGGCCUCACCCUGCGCAAUUUCUGCAGCUGGCAGCGCCGUUUCAACCACCCCAGCGAUCGCCACCCAGAGCAUUUCGACACGGCCAUCCUGCUCACCAGACAGAACUUCUGUGGAAAGGAAGGGCUGUGUGACACCCUGGGCGUGGCGGACAUCGGCACUAUCUGUGACCCUAACAAGAGCUGCUCUGUGAUUGAGGACGAGGGCCUGCAGGCAGCCUACACGCUGGCCCAUGAGCUGGGACACGUGCUCAGCAUGCCACACGACGACUCGAAGCCCUGCACACGGCUCUUUGGGCCCGUGGGCAAACACCACAUGAUGGCGCCACUGUUCGUCCACCUGAACAAGACACUGCCCUGGUCCCCCUGCAGCGCCAUGUACCUCACCGAGCUCCUGGACAGCGGCCACGGAGACUGUCUCCUGGAUGCCCCCACCUCGGCCCUGCCCCUCCCCACGGACCUCCCGGGCCGCAAGGCCCUCUAUGAACUGGACCAGCAGUGCAAGCAGAUAUUUGGACCGGGCUUCCGCCACUGCCCCAACACUUCCGCACAGGACGUCUGCGCCCAGCUGUGGUGCCACACCGACAGUGCCGAACCCCUCUGCCACACGAAGAACGGCAGCCUGCCCUGGGCCGACGGCACACCCUGCGGGCCGGGGCGGCUCUGCUGGGAUGGCAGCUGUCUGCCCCAGGAGGAUGUGGAGCGGCCCAAGGCUGUGGUGGACGGAGGCUGGGCCCCGUGGGGACCCUGGGGAGAGUGUUCCCGCACCUGCGGAGGAGGAGUGCAGUUUUCCCACCGUGAGUGCAAGGAUCCCGAGCCUCAGAACGGAGGAAGAUACUGCCUGGGCCGGAGAGCCAAGUACCAGUCGUGCCACACGGAGGAGUGCCCCCCUGACGGGAAAAGCUUCCGGGAGCAGCAGUGUGAGAAAUACAACGCCUACAAUUACACCGACCUGGAAGGGAACCUGCUGCAGUGGGUCCCCAAGUACGCAGGGGUGUCCCCCCGGGAUCGCUGCAAGUUGUUCUGCCGAGCCCGGGGGAGAAGCGAGUUCAAAGUGUUCGAGGCCAAGGUGAUCGACGGCACCCUCUGUGGGCCAGAGACGCUGGCCAUCUGCGUGCGUGGCCAGUGCGUCAAAGCUGGCUGUGACCACGUGGUGGACUCACCCAGGAAGCUGGACAAAUGUGGGGUGUGUGGGGGCAAAGGCAACUCGUGCAGGAAGGUCUCCGGCUCCUUCACCCCCUCCAGUUAUGGCUACAAUGACAUCGUCACCAUCCCAGCUGGGGCCACAAACAUUGAUGUGAAACAGAGGAGCCACCCAGGGGUCCAGAAUGACGGCAACUACCUGGCCCUGAAGACGGCUGACGGGCGGUACCUGCUCAAUGGCAACCUGGCCAUCUCCGCCAUUGAGCAGGACAUCUUGGUGAAGGGGACCAUUCUCAAGUACAGCGGCUCCAUCGCCACCCUCGAGCGGCUGCAGAGCUUCCGGCCCCUCCCUGAGCCCCUCACCGUGCAGCUCCUGACAGUCCCUGGUGAGGUCUUCCCCCCCAAGGUCAAAUACACCUUCUUUGUUCCCAACGACGUGGACUUCAGCAUGCAGAACGGCAAAGAGAGAGCAACCACCAACGUCAUCCAGCCGCUGCUGCACGCGCAGUGGGUCCUGGGGGACUGGUCCGAGUGCUCUGCCACCUGUGGAGCUGGCUGGCAGCGGCGGACGGUGGAGUGCAGGGACCCCUCCGGCCAGGCCUCCACCACCUGCAACAAGGCUCUGAAACCUGAGGAUGCCAAGCCCUGCGGAAGCCAGCCGUGCCCCCUGUGACCUGCCCGGGGGCCCAGUCUUGUGCUCCAGGCAGGGGUGGCUGGGAUGCUGAUGAGAGUCCCUGCCAUGGGGACCUUGGUGUCGAGGUGGCAUGGCCUGCUCAGGCCUCCCAUUGCGGCAGCGCCUCGGGCACUGCCUCAAUCCACAAGGGGGAGGAGAAGAGGGAAUUGGAGCGAUAUAACCCAAAGUCAGCUGUCUAGUGGACUGGACCCUGCUCAGGUUCAAGUAGCGGGCAUAGGUUAAAAGAAAAAAGGGCACUUAACUGACCCAAACAGGAGACUCAGGGUCAGCCUGUUUGCAAAGGACUUGCUAAGUUAAAUGACAAGACAAAAAAAAAGGUUUCUAUUUUGGUUUCCCCGAUAAAUAAUCUACCUCAGAGGGGAACAAAUAUUAGUACAAGAGAGUGUGGGGCCGGGAAUCAGUGGCAGUGGUCAAAGCAGGUGCCACAGCCAUACCCAGAACUGUUUUCGAAAAUGCCCAGGACUGUCUUCAGUGUUAAAGCGCACCGCCUGAGGGCCCAGCGUCAGCGCUGUGGAGAGCCACGUGCUCUCAGGCUGCCCCGGCAGGGGGGGGUCCAUUUCAAGUAUUUAUGCCAAUGUGUCUCUGAACUAAAGUGUGAU